AAGUAGCAGGACAGGAAACACCGGCUCCUGAUGAGAUAAAUGACUCUGACAGCAUGUGCGGCAUGCUACUGCUGCACAACUACAACAUAAACAGCGGCGCUGCCAUGACAACGCUAUCCGACGCGUUCCAAGUGCCGCUGCCCGAUGGCCAGGCAGAGAGGAUCAUCGAGGCGGCAGAGGAGCUGUGUAAAAACCUGCCAACGUACGAACCAAAGUUUCCGACGGGAAAGAAGAAGAUGUCGCGGGAGUUGGAGAUUGCACUGAAUAUGAAUCCAGAAGAUCCAUGUUACAUGGACGAAAUAAGGAAGUACUCUGCAAUAUAUGGACGUUUCGAUGCCAAAAGAAAGUCAGAAAAGCCUCUAACUGCACACGAGGUUUCAGUAAAUGAGGCGGCAGCACAAAUCUGCAAAAACAUUCCAGUGUUGUUGACAAGGAGAGAAGACCUGUUUCCAUUAGCCAGGCAGGUGGUGAGAGAAAGUGGCUACAUUUAUUCCAAAGGACAUUCCAGAGCGCCAAGCAGGGGGGUGGACUUCGACGGGGGGGCAACUCCUAACAAGAUGGCGAAGAUGGAUCCGAUGUUUAAAAGAGAUUCGGAAAACAACAGGAAGACAGUGGAGGCAGAACUGCAAAAACUCAGGAGAGAAGUAAUGUUUGCGUGCUCGCAGGAGCGGAUGGUCGAGCUUAAUGCAGAGUUAAAGAAGGUGGCGGUUAAGCAGGAGCAGGUGAAGGGUCAGAUACAGCUCGCGAAGGAAGGAGAGGACUUCCUGCUGCUGCAGGAGCUGCAGACGGAGCUGGAGCGGCUGACGACGAAGCGGCUGCUGUUCAUGACCGAGCAGAGCGACAUCAUUAAGAAGCAGAAGCGCUCCGACAGAUACUUCUCAAGUAAGCCAACAGAGUACAGUGCUGAUAGUAGGAGUAUGGAUGGAGAAUGUGACCACGAUGGUGAAGACUCACAGCUGUCCAGUAACGUCUCAUCACCAGAGCAGAUGGGAGAACAGCAGCAGGGUCUGGAUAUGAAUGACCUGCGGUCAAGGGAUCUGUGUAUAGCACCAGUCAAAAUGAAUGCUCAAAAAACCAAACAGUUGAUGCAGGAGACGUUGUUCGGGGAGGGAUUGCGCGUGGCACAGGAGCACCUGCGGCAGUCGAAUCCCGCGGAGAACUCCCACAUCAAACAGGAGCUGGACGACGAAAACGAGGAGCUUGAGGAGCUCAACGACAGCGAAGAGGAGGGGGAGGAGGCGACGGCGGGGGGAAGGUCUCGAGACGAGGUGGAAGCGGAGGCGGAGGAGGAGGAGGAGGAGGAGGAGGAGGUGAGGCGUUUGAGGGAGGGCACACGCUCGGCGGUGGAAGCGGAUGCGGAACGGCGGCGGAGCGCGCGUUCGAUGAGUCUCAAGGUGAAGCAAGAGGCGGAGACAUUGCUGAGUAGUGAGGAUAGCUGA